AUGGCCUCAUCGAUGGCUGCAAUAGAACAAACCGCACCUUCCUACGAGCAGCGUCUUGCCCUCUCGCGCGUUCUGCUUAGUCUAUUCAGAUUGAUUGAUCAAGAUGUGGUCUUCAACACUAAGGUGAGGGAGAACGAAGGGUCGGUGAUGGACCUCGAUGAGGGCGACAUCCAGCAACACUCUGACAUGGACCUCGAGGAAGGCGAAAUCCCACCACACACUGACGUGGACCCCGAAGAAGAUUCCCAGCACCCAGAAGAGCUAACCAUGCAUAGUGUGCUCGCUGAUGCACUGCAGUAUCUACAGUUUCGAAAACUUGGCGUCAUCAGAAGCACAAAUGCCCGACGAUACUCUUGGGACGAACUUGUCACAUCUCUCAAGGAACACCUGUCGCCCACCGUGAAUAUCCAAUGGUAUUACGGAGUCGAGCGCGCAGUGAGAAUAGUUCUUGUGCAGAUAGAGAAGGGAGUCUGGCCGAUCGAGCCUAUAGCGCGGUACGAGUGCAGCACGGACACUGACGGUACGUAUGUCGACGCGAACGCGACAAGCAGUGCGGAAGACAGCACGCAAAGCGACCUCUCUUCUGAGAGCGACGAUCUAGUUGGGCCUCCCGAGACCCAGAACUUCACGAGGCCCGUCCUGACAAUGCGACCUACAGGUGUCGUCGCUGCUGUUGUCACCAGCCCCCGUGCGAUGAGCAUAUCUCCAGUGGAGAGUAAUUGCUCCAUCACGCCAAGUGAAAGCGCCUCGCAAGUAGCUAGCAAAGAGCAUCGUGGGAGAGAAUUCGUCAACCCGACAAUGCCAUGGUCUCGAUAUGACCAAUUGGUUGCGUUGGAAAAAGUAUCGCGGAGAGCAUCGCGUGAGACGAUACAGAAACCCGACAAUGACAUGGUCUCGACGUGA